AUGAGGAGGAUACUUUUGUUACUCCAGAGCUUGCUAUUAGCAGGUCGAGUGAUAGUUGUAGCCGGCAAUGACCAAAGAGAGUUUAUAGCAUUGGUGAAGACGACACGAGAGGUAGCUUCGACUCAUGGCGCUGUCUGGGAUAUUCAGCACAAGGGUAGCAAACGUCUUUACGAGAAAGGUGACGAUGACAGCAGAGAAAUGGUUCAACUUCGAGUAAUUGUGCACAGUCAAGACGAAGCGACGCAGUUGGAUCAACUCGAAUCCGCGGGACUCCUACACUACGAAACGUCGGCCAAUGACGAGGACGCCACUCGACGAAACCUCGAAGGCAUCAACGAUCAGUUCAGUUGUUACCGUACGGUAGACGAAACCUACACGAGUCUGGACGAUCUGGCCACUCGAUAUCCCACGUUCGUUACAAUCGAUACGAUUGGAGAAUCGUGGCGGAAACAGCAAGGACUCGGCGGCAAUGACAUCAAAGUCAUGAUCCUAACGGCGCCCUCUACCUUUACAAAACACAAUCUCAUGGUGGUUGCGGGACACCAUUCCCGCGAGUUGCCUCCCCCGGAAGCAGUCAUGAGGUGGGCCACGCAUUUGCUACAAAACUACGGCAUUGACGCCGAUAUUACGUGGAUUCUACAACGCACCCAGAUUCACAUUGUUCCCGUUGCCAAUCCCGAUGGACGUGACAUUGUUCAGAAUCACCUCGGUUGGAUGUAUCGCAAAAAUGCUCGUGACGUGGGUUGUCCGGAACACCAACAAGGCGUCGAUCUCAAUCGCAAUUACCCCUUUGCAUGGGGAUCUGACCACGGAUCCAGCAACAGCGCCUGUGCCACAUCGUAUCGAGGAUCGUCCGCCUUGUCCGAGCCCGAGACCAGUGCCGUCUACAACUAUGCGCAUAAUCUAUUUCCCCAACAAAUCAAAAAAGGCACCGUCGUGCAAGCCGAAGCAAUGUAUCAAGAUGUCUGUCCGGAAGAUACCGCCACGGGAAUCUUUGUGGAUGUCCAUUCCUCUGGUGAUUUCGUCUACUUUCCAUGGGGCUUUGCCGACCUGCAGUCACCCAAUCAUCGGAGUUUAUUGACGCUAUCCGCCAAACUGGCCCGUCCGGGUAACUACACGCUCUGGGGACCAGGACAGAGUGGAUUCCUCUACUUUGUUUCGGGGGAUGCCACGGAUGCGACGUAUGGGAUCGACUGUAUCGCUUCAGUUGGCUAUGAAAUUGGGAGUCAGUUCUACGCUUCUUGUACGGAGCUCAAGUCCAGUAUCGUCCCCAUUCUGACCGAAUCACUCCUAUAUGCUGCGAAAUCUGUCAGCGCUCCAUACAAGAUUCCAUUAGGGCCGGAUAUUCUCAAUAUUUGCGUCGACAACAGUGAUCCCACCCAAACCACCAUGACACUCAAAGCCAGUGAUGAAGCGUUGAUUGUCCCAUGGGCCGUGUACGACGACGAAAAAGAUAAAAGCCAAGCAAUCGCCGAGGUGCGCGUGUUCUGGAAUGCCCACCCUUACGACAACACGUUCAAUCAUGGGACUCUCAUGGCCCCAUUGGACGGCGCCUUUGACAGUAUCGAAGAAGAACUCGUCUACAUCAUGGACACAUCUGGAACCACUGGCCAGUACGUUCUGUACUUUCAGGCCAAAGAUAUGGAGGGAUACGAGGGUGCCGUUUCGGCCGUUUUUGUUGACAAUGCCAAACCACAAGUCUGUGCGUCCAGUCAAGCCAUCAAAACGAUGGCAGCUGCCGAAACACAGCCACAAACAAACCCGGCCGUGCCACAAGCUACUCUAGCCGUGCCACAACCUAUACCAGCUCCUCCUCCGACCCAACCACAAACCAUGGCCAUGAAUACCGCCCGAAAGGAACAAAUGAUGAAACGAAACCGACGACGCACGCUUCGAAAGCGCCGACAGACGCUCCGUAAAAGAAAGUGGGAACGGAGAAGAUGGCUCCGGAGGCGGAAACGCCGUCUCAUGAUACGGCGAGAGCGACUGCAACAACUUGGGCGGCCCAUGCGUAGAGGAUUGGGUGAUUCAUAG